AUGGAUGAAUCCAGAAGAAUCAGAUUAGGUUUCUCAUUCUUCUUCGUCAUCAUCUUCUUUAUCUCUGUGGAGAUUUUACCGGUAGCUGCAGAAGGAGCGGAAAACGAUGAUGUCGCCAAGAAAGAAGAGAAUCCGUCACUUUUAAAGAUCAUAUUUGGGAUAUUUGGCAAGAAAUUUCCUCCGAGUUCUUGGGAAUUGAUUCGAGGUGCAAUGCAGAUGAUCCAGAUGAAGCUUUACCCUCCAAAUCUAGAUUUCAGAAGCAACAGCGAAAAAAGCAAUAGAGGGGAAGAAGGAGAAGAUAAAGGAGAGAAAGUGAAAGAGGCGGCGACAAGAAGUCUCGAAGUAAGCAAAGAAGCCAUCGAAGAGUCUGCAAAACUAGCAGGAGGUGUCGUAGGAGAAGUAGUUCACAAAACAGCAGAGAAAGUUGCCAAACAAACCUCACAUGAUGAAAUGUAA